AUGCUUCUACAAUCCCUUCUUCUUCUUGCUCUUUCAUCUGGCCCUUUUUGUCUCGCCCAAGAUGCAUCUCCUACUGUUUCCGGAACCGUUCCUAACGGCGCUGUCGUCUUGGCCGUAAACCCCACGGCGUCCGGCCAACUUGAGAUAUUUCCCGCCGAUAUUCCGGAGGAGGAUCAGUUGGCCGCACCUGUUGGAGUUGAUACAGACUUUCUUGAGGAGGUAGUGACAAGCGAUACCACGAGCACAAAGUGGAUUGGUACUACUACCGACUUUGGUACUGCAACCAUCACUACUACACAGGAUGGGCAGACCGGGGAGACAACCAUACCUCAAGGUCUACGACUGGUCCUUAACGAGGAAGGGGAGAUAGAGAUCACCAUCAGCAAACUCGUCCAGGACGAGUUGAACAGGAUAGAGGACGAGAUCAAGGUUCCAAGGUGCGACGACAUCGAAUGCUCAGGCAGACGCAUCGUCCCCAUCAUUGGUGGUGUCAUCGGUAGCGACCUUAUGAUGAAGCAAGUGAACUACGCCGAAGAAAGGACCCUGGAGUAUAUGGGGAUCAACAAGGCCGACCUGGAUGAGAAGGCCAUGAUGAUCACAUAUUUUGACGGGGAUCUGACCCACGACGCCCUCAAUGCCACCAAGAUGGGAAAUCCUGAGCUAUUCGGCACCAUGCCUGAUAGAUUCGGGGGUGCGGUGGCCUCCUUUGGUCUGUUUACUGGCAUGCAUGACGAUGCCGACACCCUGUACAAGGUCAAGGCGAAGGUGCAAGUCAUUCCCAAAUAUCCCCUUCCAUCCCCGCCCGAAGACUGUCCAAAGGACCUCGCCUGCGCGGGCGUGCGCUGCAAGGGGUUGAUCGGCAUAUGCACCAACGAAUGGAAGGGUUGCAAGUGUCGACGAUCCGGCAGGCCCCUCGUGGAUAGUUUCUUCUGGGGUCCGAACUGGAUAUCGCUCAUGCAGAUGUUUUUCCAGUUUGAAGGUGGCGAGGAAGUCCCUGCUGCUUCCUGCAGUGCCGAGGAUGGGGCUGGCAAUACUAACGUUGCCAACGUGGAAGCCAAGACUUGGACACAGUAUGAUCCCCCUCUGAUCUCUCAGUUUUUUUCUUUCUCGGCUAACUGGAAUAGACUGAUAGACAAUUUCUGCAAGAAGAAGCCAUAUUUGAAUGACUCUUUCAGCGAGAAUUGGAAGCCGGCCGACUUGGACGUUGGUGAAUAUUCCGACUGGACAUUUGACUUUAGCCUCGAGGGGUCAGGAGAUGACGCCUGCGCCGCCUACAGCUGCGACGAAGUCUUUGGCAAGUUCAAAUCAUGCACCUACAGCUCCCACAGCGCGUUCCGCCCGGGUGAGGUGAAGCUCGGCUGCGGCACAGCCAAGUACAAGAUGAAUGACCCCCAAGGCUCGCCAAAGACAAAACUGGUCAAGCAAAACGAGCAUUGCUACGACAAAGACCAAUUCGGUAAGCACAUUGACGUCGAGCAAGCCACACUCACAUGGCAGGCCCGUUUUCUGUGCUUGGGGGGGAUAAACAAGCCAAGGAUCAAGGCAGGAGACUCGAGUACCAACCAGGAUUGGUACCAUGUAAAGCCGUAUCAGUUCAACACGUACUGGAGGAACGGCUGCGAGCUCGAGACGGGCGAGACUGAGAUGGGCAUCUUGGAUCCGCUUGCUACGGGAACCGCUAGCGUGGAUGCUUGCGUCGAAAUCUUUGUGGAUAACUGGAAGAGGUGCAACAAUGGAGGCACGGGUGGGAGUGUGCAGUAUGGGUGUUUGGUGUAUGAGUUCAAGGCAACCAACGAAAAAGUAUGA